AUGGGACGGAGGACAUUUGGCGUAGUUUUACUGACGCUCUGUGUGAUGACGUCGGUGUUUGUAUCGGCCAGCGACAUGGCGACCAACAGCAGUGCCAACGCCACCGCUAGCAAGAAUGAGACCGUGGCACAAUUGCUGAAAAAUGUUCAGAGUGCAGUUGCAGACAAUCCCGCGCUUGCCAAUAUGUUUGAUAUUCCAAAUGCCAAUGAAAUGAGUGAAGAGGAGCUUACGACUUUGCUUCAAGAGCUUUUGGAUGUCGGCGUCAGCGUUGAUAGCUCAGGAUCGACCUCAACAAGUAAUGAAUCAGCUGAGGAAGCUACGAGUGCAUCAGCAGCAGACACGUUACCGUCUAGCGCUACAGUUCAUACGGUUCCAGCGAUAUCUGCGGCGAUCGUGAUAGCUGCUACACUUGCUGCGAUUUUGUAG